GUUUCAGAGUGCUUUCCACGAAUCAAAUUUGAAAACACAUGCAGUCAGCUAUUUUUUUGUGUCGUUCAUUUCCUAAUCCACGUAAUUAUUACCAGUCUGUGAAUAUAUUCCGUGUUCUGCUGGGUUGCCGUAAAUGUUGCUUGCAAACUAAGGCAUUUCAGCCACAAUUCGAUUUGAACUUGUUGAACGAUGAAAAGUUUGUUCAUAAUUUGCGUGCCAGUUUAGCGGCUCGUAAAAAUAAUUUAGAUGUUGAUUAUAUGUUAAAUGUUUACAAAUAUUAUGAAAAAGAGAAAAGUCAAAAAUUGUUAGAUGAAUUAAUGUCAUUAGUUUCUCAGUUGCCGAAUUUUACUCAUCCACUUACGCCCGUCGGCGAUGCAACGAAAGCGCGAAGUAUAUACAUUCAUGGAUCUAAGCGUCAAGAAAACUGGAACUUAUUAGAUGUAACCAAUAUUGCAUUAACAACAGGCCAGUCUUCCAGCAAUGAAAAUAAUGUAAAUUCCGAGGCUUUGUCUGUCAAUCCUGGAGGCCACCUUCGUGUUAAGCAUACAAGUUGGGGUGCUGGACAAAGAACUUAUUAUUUUGGUGGACAAUUAGCCCUUUUAGAAUCAGCGCUGGUUGCAUAUACUCUUGACCGUUUAAAAGCAGAAGGAUUUGGAUUUACUUCUGUGCCUGAUAUUUUGCCUGAACCUGUUAUCACAGCCUGUGGUUUUCCAACAAAAGGAAUCCGUUCUCAAGUGUACAAAAUAACUCCCCCACUGUCUAAUUUAACCUAUUGUCUCUCUGGAACAUCUGAAAUGUCAUUGGCUGGAUUUUGUGCUGGUCGAUCCUUCAACUGUCCUUCAUCUAAAAAUAAUGAAUCAGAUAAGUCAAGUCAGAUGUCUGCUCUUGGCUUAUGUGCUGUCAGUCGAUGUUUUCGUAAAGAAGCACCUCAACAAGAACCGACACUAUAUAGAGUACAUCAGUUUACUAAAGUGGAAAUGUUUUGCGUUACUGCACCUGUAUUAUCAAUCAGUGAUGCAAUGUUUGAUCGAAUUAUUAAAUUACAAAUAUGUCUGUUUGCUGAUUUGGGUUUACAUUUUAGAGUUCUUGAAAUGCCAUCCGAAGAACUUGGUGAUUCAGCAUGCAGGAAAGUUGAUAUUGAAGCUUGGAUGCCUGGCGAUCAAAUGUACGGUGAGAUUUCUAGUGCAUCAAACUGCUUAGAUUACCAGUCGAAACGUUUAAAUAUUCGAUGGCAAACAUGUGAAAAUCAAAAUGAAUUCGCCUAUACCUUAAAUGGGACCGCCUGUGCAAUUCCACGUAUCAUGAAAGCUCUAAUAGAGACCCAUCAAACCAAGGAUAGACAGGUUGUUAUUCCUGAUGUUUUGAAACCUUACAUGAAAAUGAAAAGUCAGUACCCUACACUUCAAUUCAAACGUCUAACUAGCGAAUAAUUAAAGUAACAAACCAAUCAAAGCUUUUAUAUGUGAAUGUAUUUUUCCUGUACAAAGUAAAUAAUUUUAUAACAAUGAAGAACAUCUGUACAUAACUACUUUACAAUAGCGUAAUAUUCACUGUGUCAGUAUUCCCGUUGAAUUCUCCGCAAAUACGUGUUAGGCUCUGCUUCCUUCUGAUGACUGACUUGUGUACUCAUAUCUUGAUGAAUAUUUACAUAUCAUUUUGCUGACAGUCUUCAGCAUCAGUGUCUUCACUUUGAAUGGGUGCCAAUCGACUUUUGCCCUUUGUUCUGGAACCUUUGAACUCAGGCAUUUUUUCUCCAAACGCUUCAAGCUCUUCAUGCAGUGACAUCAUAUUUUGUGCUAGAUCAUUCGACCAAACGGAAAUCGGCAGUUUUUCGAUUUCAUCCCAUUCAUCAUACUUUUUAAAGAAAGACAUUAUCAAGUGACUCGAUAAUACGAUAUUAUAUGUACAUAAGUGAUGGUAAAGCUUUCAUAAUCAAAGAAUUGUAAAAUUAUUUAUCAACUUUUUGAUUUCAAAUGGUACGUAAUACAAAUUAACUGUCUAAUAAAUGCAAGCUUCCGAUGACAGAUACUAACUUACUUAAAUAGAUGCAGUGCACUUAUGCUAAGAUCACCAAAAUUAAAAUUUGAUUUUGCGAUUGAGAAUUGUUACUUAUACUAUUUUGGUUUUCCGGUAACUGGCUUACUAUGCUGAGUUGAAGAAUGAUAGCUAGUAUACACUAAUGUGAAGAAAAUAACAGAAUAUAUAUAGAAUAGGGGUCUACGCAACAGUCAACCUUUUUGUAUUAUCUACGAUACACCAUUACUGCUUACAUGAGUAAAAGCAGAAUCACAGGAAAAAUAACAACAUAGCCGAAAACAGUGUAUGAAAACUUACAUACAUAUCUCCGAGAGAUGAAUACCACUGAACUGUCCUUUUUCGAACAGUUGC